UAUACUUUUUAUUCUAGAAGUCAACGUCAAAUAUCGUAGCUUUUAAUCAGAAUCAUUCGACUUGAACUGUUUAGCUUUUGAUUGCAAGUACUGGUAUGGAUGAGGUAAAAAGCUCAAACGAAUCUGCCGACAACUAUAUUAACAACUAUGAUGACCUGCAGCUGAAUGUGAAGGACGAAGAAGCAGAAAUCGCCCGUUUAGAAAUACCAGUUCCCAAUAUUACCGGUACAGAAAAAUGUGAAUUUCAAAACGAUGACCGCACUCCAAAAAUUGAGUUUCAAUGUACCGCUUGUGACAUGUUAGAAAUGGUUCACUAUUAUGGCAAAAUUCCGCCUUUUGUUUAUGGACUUAAGCUUUUAGAAGACUCUUUUGUCAUGCGCGAUCCCUUUCAGCCGCCUCCUCUUCGUUGGAAACCCAAAGCUGAGUAUUUCGUCAUACUGGGCGCUAAGUGCUCUAUGUGCGAAAAUGUAGUUUGCAGAAGUACGGAAUGUAGUUUUUACUACACACAUACUUAUUGCUUGAGCUGUGCUGAGCUUAACAGAAGUAAAUUUCCACAAGAAGCCCAAGCAAAAUUAAGGAAGCAAUUUGUACAAAAAAAUAAAUAA